CCACCCGCCGACCCAAGGCACCACGAUGGAGACACCCGUGCCGCAGCACAAGAGCACGAAGCUCCUCAGCGUCAACAGCGCCGCCGACGACCACGACGAUAUUCCCGUGCCUGUGGCCGAGAACAUCCAGGAGAACCGCCGCUUCAUUUGGUGGUCGCUUCUCUUCCUCAACGGCUCGUGUCUCUGGGCGUACUACUCGUGCUUGUCGGCGCAGUCGUAUUACUCGACUCGCUUCGCGACGACGUCGUUCAACUUUGCCUACUUGACGACGCCCGUCACGACGUGGCCCAUGUUUGUGGGCCACUUGGUUCAAGUGGCGUUUGGCCUCGACAAGAAGCUCGGUAUGUGGAAUCGGGUUCGCAUCGGAUAUGCGCUCUACGCGAUCGCCGCGCUCGUCAUCAUCCUGCAAAACGUCUUGGACGUGGCGCCGCAGACGGGCGCGACCAUCGUGCUCCUCAUGUUUGGGCUCAUUGGGCUCACCAACUCGCUCACGGAAGCUGGAUUUUAUGCGCUCUCGGCCCUAUUCCCCGAAGCGUCGUUUACCAACGCGAUCCAAUUGGGCAACGGCACCUCCGGUCUCAUCAAUGUGACGCUCAACACGCUCAUUCAACUCCUCGUGGGGGGCAUCCACCCCGCGACGAAAGAUGCGGCAAACAUCCAGAAGAUCUCGUUCUACAUCUUCUUUAGCGUCUUCAUCCUCGUUUGCUUCGUCGCCGUGUACCUCUUUCACAAGCUGCUCCAGAUCCCCUCGGUCCAGUACCUCGUUGAGCGCAACGACAACGAGACGGCCCGGCGCGCGGCCGACAAGGAAUCGCUGCCAGCGAUGUGGGCGCGCCUCCUGCGUAUCACGGGUGUCGUCAUCGUCCCGCUCACGUGCCAGUUUCUCAUCUUCCUGUGCUCACUCACGGCCUUUCCCGGCAUUGGCAUCACCGCCGGUUUCCAGCUCGCGGCCACAUCGGGCGCCACGUGGGGCAGCUGGUACAUCAACGGCGUGCUCUUGAGCUACAACUACGGCGACUUUUUUGGCCGGCUCCUCUCGCCGAAUUUGUACAAGUACUUUACGAUGCAGUCGUGCCUUCUCUGGACACUUCUUCGCUGGGGUCUCUUUGUGCUGCUGUUGCUCGGGCUCCCCGGCAACGGUCAAAACCCGCUCUUUGCGAUGGCGUCCGCCCACGAUUUCAACAUUUUUUGGAUGCUUUGUAUCAACUUUCUGCUCGGCCUUUCCACCGGUGUCCUGAGUACGAUCACAUUUGGUCUCGGCCCGCGCCUUGUGCCGCAGGACGACCGCGAGUCGGCUGGUGCGAUCAUGUGCCUCGGGCUCUUCCUCGGUAUCUCGGCCGGCGCGACGAUCGGCUGGCAGUUUGGCAAGAACCACUGGCUCGGCGCUUAGGAGAUUGCUUGAGCGUUUCAUCACCACAAAAUAUCACCU